AGAAUUUACAUUUUUUUAAUUUCUCCAAUUUUUCAUUUAUAAUUUUAUACAAAACGUACAAAACCCAAUUAAAGAAACUAAAAAAAGUUACAGCUUGCCAUAAAUUACAUCGGGCACGAAUAACAAAAUUGCUAUCUUUGAUUUCAACUUCAUGCGCAGCUAAAAGAAACUGGUUUGAGGAGCGUUGUGAUCGCAUGGUCGACAAGAAGGCCAUUGUGCCAGGUGUUUACGGGAAUUCCAAAUGUUCUGCUGAGCAAAGCAUUUAUGUCACAACUUAUCAGCGUCCAGUAACGGAGAAACAGGACUUACAGGAAAGUAAAAAACGAAGUUUCGUCAACAGACUUAAUAGCCAUGAGACCCAUUUCAGAACGAAGGACUCUGAUUUAUACUUGAAGAACAUGACGACCACAUCGGAUGUUGUGUAUAAUAUACGACCAGCAAAAGUACGAGCCGAAGCCGAAGGUGGUGGGAAGCUGAUAGAGAAAACUGAAGAUUUGUUGGGCCCACAUUAUGAUGCGACGGAGACUGGCCUAAUUCGCAGUUUACAUUGUGAACGGAUGCGCGAAGAGGCAUUACGGAAUCGCACCACAUAUAACAGUGAUUUUCCAGAGAGGCGGAUGCGCCCACGCGAAAAGACUUUGCUAGAACUUCGCCGAAAAUGUAAACAGUCGGCACCAUUUAGCACAGACGAGUAGAAAAUGUGAAAACAGGCUGACAGUGAUGGUAAAUUGGGGAGUGGGAUGAAUUUACACACAAAAUUAAAAAAAAAAAAAUGUAAGUCUUGAAUUGCUUUUAAAAAUGUAAAAUUGAAA